AUGGCAGAUGUCACACACCCAGAGCUAACCAAGCCGGUUUUUGAGCACCAUCCGGACGGCUUCGGCAUCAGCAAUCCCCGCCCUCGUCUUUCCUGGAAAUUCCUGGCGUCGGCCGAACCUACGCGAGGCUGGACGCAGGCUGCAUACGAGGUUGAAAUCCUUCGGCAUGGCGAUCAAGAAGCCCAGACAUUCCUCGUGGACAGUGAAGAGUCAGUGCUUGUCCCUUGGCCUGCUGCAGCAUUGCGUUCUCGCCAACAAGCCUCUGUCCGGGUCCGCUGCUGGGGCCAAUCACCAGAUGAACACGGUACAGUUCGCCGCAACCCAGAACCCACGUCUUGGUCGCCAGUGGCUAGCCUUGAAGUUGCCCUCCUUGAGCAGAGUGACUGGACUGCGUCCAUGAUUACUUCGUCUCGAAGGCUCGGCCCUGAAGCUCCACUGCAACCACUACGAUUCCGUCGUCAGUUCGAGAUCCCUUCGAGUGUUGUCACCUCUUCGGCCAGGGCUCGCCUGUACAUCACUGCACUCGGAGUUUUCGAGGCUUUCCUAAACGGAGAGCGGCUGGGUGACGAAUGCAUGGCACCUGGAUGGACGAGCUACAAUCACCGACUGACUUACAGGUGUUUGGACGUGACACCUCACUUGAGGCACCAUGGCAACAACGUCAUAGCCGUAGAGGUGGCCGAGGGCUGGUACGCUACGAAGCUCGGUUUCAACGGAGGAACCAGAUUCCUCUAUGGCGGCAAGGACAUCGCGGUCAUGGCACAGCUCGAAAUCACUUCCGGCGCCCGGUCCUGGACGUUGACGACGGACGACAAUUGGGCGUGCGCAGUCAGUGCCAUCCAGUCCAGCGAACUAUACGAUGGAGAGGUUUAUGAUGCUCGUGAGGACCAUAGCCUCUGGACAACAGCAGCCCAAGAUGCUGACAAGAUGGGAACUCGAUGGCUUCGGGUCAAGACACUUCCGCAGGUCCCCGGUCGGAAGCUACUCACAACUAGUAGCCCCCCUGUCCGAGUGAUUGAGAGUCGGCAGGUGCAGGCUAUACACAAGACGCCGGCGGGCAAGACCAUUGUAGACUUUGGACAGAAUCUCGCAGGCAAGGUCGUUGUCAAGUCAGUCACCCUUGCAGCCGGCGAGCGUCUUGUACUCCGGCACGCAGAGGUUCUCGAGCAUGGAGAACUCUGCACUCGUCCCUUGAAAGACGCCAAAUGUGAAGAUGUCAUCAUUGGCUCCGGGGAAGAAAUUUGCAACUGGACGCCGAAGUUUACCUUCCACGGCUUUCGAUAUGUGCAGGUCGACGGCUGGCCGGGGUCGGAGGACGAAUUACGCUCUGCUUUGUCGGCCUCGGUAAUGCACAGCGACAUGCAAAGAAGAGGGUACUUUAGCUGUUCGAACGAAUGGGUCAACAAGCUUCAUACCAACGUGGUCUGGUCCAUGCGAGGCAAUUUCUUGUCCGUGCCGACGGACUGUCCGCAAAGAGACGAGAGGCUGGGCUGGACAGGCGACAUACAGAUCUUCUGCCCGACUGCUAGCUACCUCUACGAUACAGUGGGCUUCCUGGAGAACUGGCUGGAAGACCUGUCUUCAGAGCAAUUGGAGCAAGGCAAUAAUGGCGUACCACCGUUCGUCUCACCGGAAGUUCCUCUUCUUACCUGGCCUCGUCGGAAGCCUCAAGCGGUGUGGCAUGAUGUCACCGUUCUGACUCCGUGGGAUCUGCAUCGCUUCAGCAGUGAUAAGGUUCUCCUUGAAAGGCAAUUCCAAAGCAUGCGAGCCUGGCUUGAGCAGGGCGUUGAUCGAGGCGAGGACGGGCUGUGGAACUUCUACCUCUGGCAGUUGGGCGACUGGUUGGACCCCAACGCCCCCCCACAGAACCCGGCUCUCGCCCUGACCGACAAGGUCCUCGUCGCCGACGCCUACCUCGUCCACACCACCGAGGUCUUUGCACAGGUCUGCGCGCUCCUAGGCAAGGCCGAGCUGGCGACCAAGUACCGCGCCGAGGCAUCCACCCUCAAGCGCCUCUUCCAGGACAAGUACCUCACGCCCAGCGGCAACAUCAUGUCCAACACGCAGACCGCCAUCGCCCUCGCCCUGCAGUUCGGCCUCUACCGGGGCCCGGCCCAGCGCCGCACCGCCUCGCGCGCCCUGUCCAAGCUCGUGCGCACGGCCUUCUUCCACGUCUCGACGGGCUUCGCCGGCACGCCCGCCGUCCUGCCGGCGCUCGCAGGGCCCGCGCGCCAGCCGCAGCUCGCGUACCGCAUGCUGCUGGAGAAGGCGUGCCCGAGCUGGCUGUACCCGGUGACCAUGGGCGCGACGACGACGUGGGAGCGCUGGGACAGCAUGCUGCCCGACGGCAGCGUCAACCCGGGCCGCAUGACGAGCUUCAACCACUACGCGCUCGGCGCCGCGGCCGACUGGCUGCACGGCUGCGUCGGCGGGCUCGCGCCGCUCGGCGCCGGGUGGAGGGUGGCGCUCGUGAGGCCCGUGCCGGGCGGGAACCUGACGCACGCGGAGGCGCGGUUCGACGGGCCCUACGGCUUGCUGCGGUGCGCGUGGAGGGUCACGGCGUCGCCGGCGGCGGCGUCUAGUGCUGCUGCGGGCGAGGCGGCGCGGUUCGAGAUGGAGCUCGAGGUGCCGCCGAACUCGUCUGCCAAGGUCAUCCUGCCGUGCGAUUGGAUUACGGACCCUGGAGACGAGGCCGAGGAGGCGUUUACCCUGGUCGGCUCGGGCGUGCAUCACUUUGCCUGCGACUUUGUGGCUGGCGAGUGGCCGCCCAAGGCUCUGCCCCCGCCAAACAUGCCGUACUCUCCGGAGAUGGAUAUGGUCGCGGAGUAG